AUGGCAACUGCUGUUGUAUCGCAUCGCUUCGUCUUUGGUAUCAAAGGCGGAGUGACUAGUAAUGUCAACUUUCUCGACGAGCAAACUGUUAUUUAUCCUGCUGGUUCAAACUGUAUUUUAUACCAUAUCGAUCAGAAAUCUCAACGAUUUAUCCUUGGCUCUGAUAAAAGCCAAGGCAUGACUGCAAUUGCUAUCAGUCCUAAUCGUCGCUAUAUUGCUAUCGCCGAACGAGGCGAUAAACCAACUAUUACCAUUUAUGAUUUACAUACUUUGAAACGAAGAAAGAUUCUUAGUAGUGCAGAUCACAACUUCGGCGAAUAUGUUAGUUUGGCAUUCUCUCCAGAUUCAAAAUAUUUAGCAUCACAAGGAGGAAAACCCGAUUGGACAUUACUGUAUUGGACAUGGGAAAAGUCCAAAGUAAUGGCCACAACGAAAACAACAAAUCAACAAAGUGCACCAAUUUAUCAAGUAACCUUCAACCCACAGGAUAAUACACAAUUAUGUGUUAUUGGCAAUGGUAUAUUUAAGCUAUUUCGCUACAGUGAAGGUAAUCUUAAACAAUUCGCUUUCUUGAAAAUGGAACCGCACAAUUACCUAUGCCAGUCAUGGGUUACGGAAGAUAAAGUCAUUGUUGGUACGGACGAAGGUCGAUUAUUCCUUUUCGAAGCUGGCGAGCUAAAAAAUGAAUUUACACUUACUACCUCUGCAUCAGAUUUUAAAUCGAGAAUAAUCCUAAUAAAUCACUCAUGCUAUCUUAAAAAUAUAUACAGUAUAUAUAUACGUAUAUAUAUAUCAUGGCCAACGAUAGAUCAGAUAACUGAUGCUAAACAUGAAGAUAAAACUCCAAUUAAUGAUAUCGUUACAUAUGAAAAGGGCUUUAUUUGUUGUACAGCCAGUGGUGCGGCUUAUAUAUUUGAAAAAGGUGAAGAAAGAGAUUCCUAUAAAAAAUUGAAAGAAAUUAGGCUUCCAAUUGAUACUCAGCAUGCCGAUACUCCUGAUUCAAGCAUCCCUGAAAUAAAACAUUUAGCUUUAAGCCCAUCGGAAGAAAACUUGAUUUGUAGCACUAGCGACAAUCAACUUUAUACAGUUGUUGUAUCUACAGCUGAUAUAUCAAAGGGUGAUAUACCGCGGUUUGAUGUCUUAACAUUUCCCUUUCAUCGUGAUGCAAUAACUGGCAUGGAUACAUGUAUACGCAAACCUUUAAUUGCAACAUGCUCUAUGGAUAAGUCAGUUAGGAUCUGGAAUUUUGAAUCUGGAAUGUUAGAAUUGCAUAAGGACUUUCAGGAAGAAGCCUUCAGUGUAGCUGUCCAUCCUUCAGGCUUAUACAUUUUAGUCGGAUUCAGUGAUAAAUUACGUCUGAUGAAUCUUUUAAUUGACGAUAUUCGCACAUUUCGUGAAUUUACUAUCCGUGGUUGUCGCGAGUGCUCAUUUAGUAAUGGAGGUCACCUCUUUGCUGCCGUACAUGGUAAUGUUAUCCAAGUUUAUUCAACAACAACUUUUGAUAACGUUACUAACCUAAAAGGACAUAAUGGAAAGGUACGCUCAGUACGUUGGAGUAUCGAUGAUGGAAGUAUCAUCUCAUGUGGUAUGGAUGGAGCUGUGUAUGAGUGGUCCGUUUUCACAAGUAAACGUGAAGGAGAAAGUGUCUUGAAAUCUUGUAGCUAUACAGAUGUAACCGUAUCACCUGAGGGGAAGGUUAUCUAUGCUGUUGGAACUGAUCAUACGCUAAAAGAAAUUUGCGAUUCUCAAAUUCUUCGUGAUAUUCAUGCUGGAGAUGCUGUAUUUACACAAGUAGCUAUUUCUCAUAGCGGCAAAAUGUUAUUUGCUGGUACCAACAAUGGUACAGUUCGAUCAAUCAAGUAUCCGCUAACUGCAACAGGAGAAUGGCAAGAAUAUCAAGCUCAUGCCCUUGGAGUCGCAAAGCUACGAAUUUCGUAUGAUGACCAAUAUCUAUUCUCAGUAAGUGAAGAUGGAAGCUUCUAUAUUUUCAAAAUUAGCGAAAAAGAAGGUAGAGGAUUAAAACGGGACAAAGAAGUCGCAUUUGCUGAGGAAAUAUUGAUUACUAAAUCAGACCUUGAAGAAAAAAAUGCAAUGAUGACAGAAUUAAAAACGAGAGUUGAUGAAUUAAAAAUGGAAAAUGAAUAUCAAUUACGAUUAAAAGAUAUGAAUUAUAACGAAAAAAUUCGUGAAUUAACAGAAAAAUUCAUUCAAGAGAUGGAAUCAUUAAAAACAAAAAAUCAAGUUCUGAAAACUGAAAAGGAUAAAGAGGAAACGAGACAUGAAGAACAAAUACACGACGUUCUAGAAGAUCACGCUAAAGAAUUGCAAGAUCUUGAAUCGGCAAAUAAUCAAAAAUUAAUGUCUGAAUACGAAAAAUACCAAGAAUUACAAGCUAAAAGUCAAAAAAUGCAGGAGGAAUAUGAACGCCAAUUAAAUGAAAUGGAUGAAUCUAAAGAAGUAUCCCUACAGGAUUUAACAGAAUAUUACGAGAAUAAACUACAAGAGAAAUCUAGUCAAUUGGAACAGGCUAAUGAGGAACAACAGCAGCUAACAAGAGAAUAUGAUGAAACGAAGAGGCAAAUUGAGGAAGAUGUCGAUAGAGAAAUUGUUGAUAUAAAGAAUAAGUACGAGCGCCGAUUACGCGAUGAAAAAGAAGCUAAUUUGAGGCUGAAAGGAGAAACUGGAAUAAUGAGAAAGAAGGUAAACUAUUGA